AUGGCCAACCCUACCAUCGAUGUUGCGAAUUUCGCGGCCUACACACCGGCAGAAACCGCCGAGCUUAUCUGCCGCGAUGGCGUCAAAAAAGGACACUUGCGUCCCGAUAAGGUGUUUUUGUCUGCUGUGUCUGCUGGCUGCAUCCUCAGCUUCGGGUGCGCCGUGUCAUUGACAGCUUUGACGGCACCCUGGUAUCAGGAGAAUGCACCUGGUCUUAUCAAGCUUGUUGGCGCUUGGGUCUUCCCUCUGGGUUUGGUGAUAAUUGUAUUGACGGGGGCGGACUUGUUUACGUCAACAAAUAUGUUCACCAUGGUGGCUGUUCUCAAUGGAAAGCUAUCCGUGUGGAGAAUGCUACUGCACUGGUUUCUUUGCUUCUUUGGGAAUCUCCUGGGAUGUCUUUUUAUUAUGGCUAUAAUUAUAGGAUAUGGAGGCACCUUUGACUCUGAUCCAUAUAGAGAGGAGGUCAUCGCGUUCGCUACAAAAAAGCAGCUGGUGCCUGCGAUGCAUCAAAUUUUCAUCCGCGCUAUUGGAUGCAACUGGCUCGUUUGCCUGGCGUGUUUUCUGGGCACACAAGCCAGAGAUCUGGGCUCCAAAGUGAUCGGCAUGUGGCUGCCCAUCUUUGCCUUUGUGGCAUUAGGAUUCGACCACGUUGUGGCCAACAUGUUUUUUAUACCUUUAGGAAUCUGGUUAGGUACUCCCGACUUGACCUUUGGGCUAUAUAUCUGGAAAGGUAUGAUUCCUGCACUAUUCGGAAACAUUCUCGGAGGCAGCCUGUUCUGUGGUGUAUACUACUGGUGGAUGUACCUGGCCACGGAGCCCCACGUGGAUGUUGAUGAAGGUGAAUACAAGGGGCGUGCUGCAGGACUAGGGUUAGGCAUUUUCGGUAGUCGAGAUAAGGCUACCGCCUCGGAUGAAGAGAGUAAGAUAGAAUCAUCAUAA